UCGCCAAGUCCAGGAGGGCCUGGUGAAGAUCUUUUUUUUCUUUUCUUUUUCUUUUCCCAUCUCACUUGGACGUCCCAGAAUCAACGCUUAGCGUGACAUUCCACGAUUCCGACCAAGCAAUAGUAGCGAGGAGGACUAGGUAUGGCCCUGGGUAUGUGGAUAUACCUGUCAUGUGCCGCUAUCACUUCCUCCAUCCACCACCAUCCACACUUGGACGACUGUCCAGGGUUCCCCCUGGCUCUUUUCCACUGUCUCUCCCCGUCUCUUACACAAUGGAUUCAGUCUGUGCUUCACUUUUCAAGGAUAAAAAUGAAUCGAGAGAAAUAUGAUGAAAAGAGAAAAAGAAAAGAGCCAUACUAUCGAAAAUCUUCCCCCACGAUCUCUAAACAGUGGCGGUUGCAGUCUGUGCCUGGUUCUCACAUACUCUUUUCUUUUCUUUUCUCUACUCUCCCUCCUUGUUCUGUCCUUUCUUUGCUUUUCUUUCUUUCUGGUUGUGUGGUUAGGUAGAGUGGAUUUCUUCCCCAUUGAUGAUGGGUCUGAUGUUACCUAAAGAAGGAUAGAUAGUGUAGCAGGUUGAGUCCAUCGCUGGGACCUCCCCACUUCUCGAUCGGCUUGGAUCUUUGUCAUGAUUGAUGUUGAUCAUUAUGAUUCUGACAAUACUCUAUCUUGUCUUUUU